AUGCCAGAAAAGACCGAGUCGCAGCCCUUUCUAUACUCGGACGAUCCGACGCCAAGAGAAUCACCAAGUAUCGUAGAUGGUCCAUUUCUAGCACCACAACGACAGCAUAGACUAGUCACACAUUUCGGCGUGGCAGUGGGCACAUCUCUCCUAUGGAUUCUAGUCCUCUUCUUUUGCCGCGCCACGUCUACGCCAUCAAGUACCCCCGCCACCCAUGACAUGACAUGGCCUCGGCACAACAUCACCAGCGGCGCGCGCCUCCUCCAGUGCGGCAGCUCGCCCCAGGAGGCGCGCGACAGGGGCUGCAAAUACGACAUCCUGCUCAACAACUGGGUGCCGGCGCCCUGCUUUGACCAGGAGUGGAUCGACGAGUACACCGACGACCUGUCGUGGGGCGCCUACGCCGACGUCGACAUGACGCGCGAGCUGAGCGUCGAGGAAAUGUCCGAGGCGGAUCACUACUACACCUCGAUCCGCGACCAUGUCAACCACUGCGCCAUCAUGUGGAAGAAGCAGUUUUGGGUCUUGUACGAGGGCCGGUCCGCCUUUGAUACCGUCAUUUCCUCUCCCGGGCACACUGAACACUGUGCGUUGUAUCUCAUGGAGUCGGCCGAGGCUAAUUUCACUGAGCCGACCAAGACGCAGAUGGGGUUUGCUGGUUGUUGGGUACGAGAUUGA